AUGAGCGUCUCGGGGGCGCCGCCCCGCGCGCAUCACACGCUCGAGGUCUUUGUCGCUGUAGAAGGCAUCUCGAGAGCGUCUGCGGACAAGCGCAUCCGCCAGUCCCUGGCUCGAUGGCGUUCACCCGGCGAGCCCGCCGCCGAUGCCAUGUACAUGGCCCAGUUCCUCUACGCUGUUGACGGAGAGGCGGAAGAGGCGUGGCGCAGCAGCGGCACGUCUGAAGCAUAUGCCGGAGCGUCGGGCAGUGCUGCUGCCGCCCAGAGUGACGCUGCCGAUCGCCUGCGUGUGGCGUCUCUCGCACAGCUUCACAUGCUUCAUUAUGCCGACAGAGAAUGGGCGCACGCCUCCAUCGAAAAGCAGGCCAAUCUUCACUCCGACGACUUUUUCAACACACUGCUCGCGCCGCCGGCCGCGAGUUGGACCGUCGCCGACUUCGCCCUCACUCCCGUCGCCCUUCUCUUCGGCCUCGAGGUCUAUGCGGAUGCGGACCGCCUGCAGCCUCGCCUGGGGCCCAACGCACCGCUCGUGGGGCCGCAGCCGCUUCUCUUCGGGGACGGGCAGCGCCGCGGCCUGCUUGACGCUGGCCGCGUGCGCCUGCGCCUGGGCCAGCAGCCAGAGGUCAAGGUCGACAGCUCGAACGCGCACCUGGUCCUCUCCUCGCUCUCAGCAAUUGCACGCCUCUCGGGCCCGUCCGUCAUCCCCGGCCGUAAUGAGUCGGCGUGGACGCUCAGCAUCACCGAGGACGAACUCAUCGCUUUCGAGGAGGCGAUGCAGAGCGUUGCUGCUCGCCUCGACAGGGCUGCCCAAGUCGGCGACGCUGACUUCGGAGCGAUCCUGACGACGGCGGCCGACAAUUUUCUGCACUUCACUGGCGCGAAGACUGCGAAAGGCGACUUGCGCCAGGCCUUGAGCGAUGAGAGCGAGAGGCGUGGCCGCGGGCGCAGCCCCCACGGCUCUUGGCAGGUCCGCGCGGGCGCACUCGGCGCCGAGCAUCUCAUAGAGUGCGACGCAGCGCAUCUCAUCCCGGCGUUCAUCGGAGGCGCGCUCUUCGAAGACGCCCAAGCCGCGCUUGCCGCGCGCUCACAGCGCUUCGGUAAAGAGGAGCUCCCCGGCGAUGGCCGCGCACCUCGUCUCGGCUUCCUCGACCCGCGAGUCGGCAGUCUGUGCCGCACAUCGGACGCCGGCAUCAAUGCCGCACACAACGGCCUCUUCCUGAGCAGGUGCCAGCACGCGCUCUUCGACAUGCACGUCUUCUUCGUCACGCCGUCGAGAAAUGUCGUGCACAGUGAGUAG